AGGAGUACAAUGGCAGUGGGCUGUAACUUCGUUGUAGACAUAAAAUUGGAAGAGGAAGAGUUUUUGAUGAAAGGACAUAAAUCAAAGAAAACUGUCCAGAGUGUGGGGAAACAGGAACAUGGUGAUGCUUCUAGACUUACUUUGCAAAAUAAAUUAGCAUCAAAGUUUAGAAAGGAAAGAACUAGCACCUCCCUGGAAGUGUGGUCUCAUAAAAAAGAUGCUGUUCUUGAGAAAAAUUCUACCAGUUCAUUCUUAGAAACUGAACAGAAAAUCCAAAGCUGCCUGAAGAAUGCAAACAGUUUGAUAAGAGAGCACAGAUGUACCUUGGUAAAAUCAGGGCAUCACAAGGAAGUUAGAAAUCUUACUGAAAAGGAUGAGAGUUCAGUAGCAGGGCUAGAAUCUCAGAAAGUAACAGAGAGCCUGCAGAAAAGCAACACCUGCUCUGCCUCCGAAGGGGGACCUCAGCAGAAAACAUGGUACUUUAGAGAGAGAACUAAACCAGUUUGGUCAGAGCAAAAGGCUUUCAGAAACCAGAACAAAAGAGGGAGAACAAAAAGGAAGUGCAUAUCUAACUUAGAGCCUAGUAUACUGAGCUUAGGAGUUCUGAAAAGUAAAAAAAGGAAAAGGGACAUUGGUUGCUGUAAAUCUCAGCUGCAGGACUCUGAGAAAUGCGCAAGGCACCCAGUGAAGGUGAGGUCAUCUUCUGUACCACACCUUUCAAGUGAUAAUCUUGUGGAAGGAACUGAGAGUCUAGUGAAGAGCUCCAAGUUGAAGUUGGUAAAACCUCGGGAGAAAAAGAGAAAAAGAGAAAAUAACUCUUCUGGGGCCCUGACCCUGUCAGAAUUGCAGGAAGAUGUAGAGGCUUCAAAACAAAAACGUAAACAGUUAUUGACGCGUGUAGCAAAUCUUGAAGAGAAUAAAAAGUGUAGAAGCACUGCAGAAGAAGGAAGGCAUAGGAUGGUAACGCGAGCUUUUUUGAAAUCAAAGACAUAUAAAAGUGGUGAGAAGCUUAGCUGGAAGCCAGAGAAGAUUGUUAGGGAAGUUCCUGGGUGUAGGCAAGGGAUCUUUAAAAAGCAAAUGGCUGCAGAACAAAUGGUGGAUUGUGCCCCCACAGAAGAUCUGUUAGUUACCAGAGUAAGGGGUAGGAGAAAAAAACAGUCAGGUGGAAAGGAUGAAAUUGUGGCUUCAACUGAACUUAAAAAAGAGAUCAAAAUAUCUAGAGAGCAACCCCCUGAAGUUUUAAGCGUACAGCAUGGAAAGCUACAAGAGACUGAACUGAGUACUUCUCAAAAUUGCAAUAGACAGAAUCUGCUAGAGCAUAUUGCAUGUCUUCCAAUAUCAAAAUCAAAUGAGAUUGAAAGCAAAGAUCCUGUUUGCCCUUGUUUUCAGAAGAAAGCUAAAGUAUAUUGUGAUGUUACCUCUUUUCAUGUUACAAACAUCAAAUGUCCACAGCUUUUGGAUAUAAAAGUAGUUGAAAACAAAGCAGAAAAUAGCAUAUCUGUAGAGCACCAGGAUGAAAAACUUAAGUUGCUUGCUGUGCAAAAUGUCUUUCCCUGCAGAGUAGAAAAAAUUCCAGUAGUGAAAUUGCUUGACUGCUGCUACAUUAAAGCGUUGUUAAAAUCUACAAGUGUCAAGACCUAUAAAGCUGAUUGUGGAUCCCUGCAUGUUGUACUUGGUGAAGGGAAGAUUGUCUCUUCUAGUAGGAGUAUGGGACAGAAUGAUCUGAGUAGUAGCCCUAGCAUAACGCAAGCUAGAAGAUCACUCCCACAAAAAAGCAUAUUGGUUGAAAAAGUGAUGUGCCAAAAUAAUAAUAACUCAAGAUGUCAAAACGGAAAGCAAUUGAGGGAAACUAAGCGGUUCUCGAAUUUGAAAAAACAGAGCAAAAGGAUUAAAAUGUCAAAGGACCCAGAAAAAUCAGCAGUCCAUACAAACAAUGAGUGUGGACUGCAAAGAGAAGAUACUGCCACAGCAGAUUCUUCAACAAUUCUGGAAAAACUAAACUUCAGUGAAACAACUUCCUUAUCUUUACUUGAUCAUACCCCUGACUUCAUUCUGGAGCAGCCUCUGCAAAAACCUCAAUAUCAGCUUGCCAACUUGUCUAGCAAUGAAAAGGUGAGUGAAGCAUGCUUGGUUACAUCCGAUGCCAGUGGCUUUGAGAAAUCUGAGGUCCUCAAAAAACAUGACCUUGAAGUAAAGAGCAUAGAAGCCCAGAUUGGUUUUGGCAAUGAAGUGCGAGGUAAUGAUUUCAUAGUAAAGACACUAUUCAGUGAAAAAAUUACCAGUUGCAACAAAAAUAUUGCUGACUGUAUGAAAAGAGGGGGGAAAACACCCAAAGGAAAAACAGUAGGUAAAGUUGGAAGGAAAUUGCAGCUAAACACCUGUCAAAGAGCAGUCCCAAUUUUUGGUAAAAAUGUUUGGCCCCAUGAAUCAUGUGCCAGAACUUCUUUGUGGGUUCGUAAAAAUCAUGUAUCUGACUUUGAAAAAGAUUUUUUAAGAACUACUGAUUCAGUAGUUAACUCUGGGCAAGUGGAACUAUAUAAACCAUUGACAGGUACUAGCAAAGAUUUUGCAAAUAAUUUAAUGGCUCAUACAACAAAACUUACUAAUCAAAGCCCAACUUCAGAAUCUCUACUUUAUGUAUGCAAAGCUCCCUCAGCUAUUGAUAAUGAAAAUAAAUUUUCCUCUGUGGAUGUGGAAAUAUGUGAACAGUACACGUCUAGCAAUAAGAUUGUAAAGAAAUCAAAAAUGGCUUCAAAUUCACUAGUGAAAGAUGCUAAAAAUAAAGGAAAUAUAACAAAGAGAGCUAUUUCCAUAGAUACCCAGAUUGGUGCAUUUGCAGACAACAAAAAAAGUAAGAGGAAUUGCCAGAAGACCUCAGUAGCUAAACGAGAACUACCAUUGAAAACAUUAAUCACAGGGAAUUUAUCAAACUUCAGAAUUCCUUUACUGAAGGAUAAAAAUGAAUUGAGAAAAGGAGAAUACAUUAGAUCAUCAGAAAGAGAUAAUUGCAAUCCUUUGGACAUACUAGAAGAUUCUAUUGCUUCUGUAAAGAAAGCUAGAGCUAAAGAGAUUUCAUCUUAUGUAAACUCUAAGAAUCACUUCCAGUUUGAGCAGAUUAAUAGUAUUACCAUAUUGGAGGAAUAUGCAGAUCAACUUGGCAGUGAUGUUCCUGACAAACUUUCUAAAAAGAAAAGUGUUCAUAAUAAAAAUAUAAGAGCUUCCCAUGUGAACGAGUUGGAAUCGUCAACUUUGAAAGGUAGUCCUGGCUUUUUGAGUACUGGAUAUGUAAAGCAAAUGCUGGACUCUAGUUUGGCACCAGAAACUAAUGAUGAAGGUAAUUGCAGCAAUUACUCUGCAGAAGACAAAGCUAACUUUGCAGAUGUUCUUAAGGCUUAUGAAGAUGAUGUUCUUGUGAUAGAUGUAAUUGAGGAUGACCCUGAUCUGUUUGGAGAUACUGAUGAACAAGAACCUGCAAACAUAAACUCUAGCAUUUUCUUAAAAGAAAAAUUAGAGUUAGGAUCAGAGUCCCCAUAUCUUCCAAGGAGCCAACAUCUGAAGUGCUAUCCCAGAGACAAACCUAUUCAUGAUCAUGGAACAUUGAAAUCUGUCACAGAUGCCAAAAUUUCAUUGACAGAAGUUGAUGAAAUUAAAUCCGAGUCCCUAAGUGGAAUCAGUUCUGUAGGAGGUGUAAUAGAAUCAUCUCUUGAGGAUGGGCAGGUGACUGAAACAGAUGAUCUUGCAAAGAGUUUUGACAUAGAUAAAAAGUACAAAUUUUCAGAGAAAAUGCUUGCUGUUAAAGAAGAAGAAAUAAAUGUUCAGGGAAUUGCAAAAAUCGAGAAUGCUCAAUAUAUUGACCCUGUGAACCGUGACCAUCAGCUGAAAUUGCUGCUUCCUGCUAAUAAAGCGACUGCUCCCCAACAGCAAGACAUAGCAGUGAAACCAUGGAUAAAUGAUUUCAGAUUCUCCAAGAAAGAUCCUCUUUUGCCUUCAUCAUAUUCUAAAGGUUAUGAAUCUUGGAAAGUAGACAAAAAUGCAAUGACUAAUUUAGGAUUGACUUAUAUACCUCAUGGAUACUGCAGAUCACAUUUUAAUACAUUGAAUGGUUGUGAGAGAGCAAGUUGCUGGUAUUCACAUUUCCUUGCAUCAGGAAAUGACAAGCUUUGCAGUGAAAUACUUAAGAAAUAUAUAAGUAUUGGUGAAAUAGUUCUGCUGCAGCGUGCAGUACAAAUAUUUACAGAUUACUACAAAGAAGGUAUUCCUGUGGUGCAUUUGGAUUCACAAAUGCUAAAUAACUUGCUAACAUCUUUGCUCCAGUCCUGUUUGCUGAAAGAGCUAUUUCAUGUAGUACAUACUAGCAUAUUGAUUAAGAUAUUGCCAACAGCAGACUUACUUCUCAAAGUGUUUGAACAUGCAGCUUCCAUGAAAUUAAGAGAUGUAGUGCCUGAGUUAAUUGACAUCUCUUAUAAGCUUGUUGACGCUGGAAUGGUUCUUGAAUAUGAGCAUGUUGGCUAUAUCACCAAGCUUCUAAAUCUUCUACAAGUUUCCAGUCAGGAAAUAAGCACCUUUUUGUCCAAAUUUCAGGGAAGACAUUUCCACAAGACCAGCCUUUGUGACUUUGAAUCAGCAGCUGCUGAAUUUCAGCAUUGUAAAGAAAAAGGUGACUGGGCUAAAUUGGGAACUUUAUACAUUAACGUGAGAAGAGGGUGUGAAAAUGUUGGUGACCUCGAAAAGUACUCAUUGUGCAUUGCUAACAUUCUAGCCAGUUCCGUGAAGACACAGACCCCAGGCAUUCCUUUUUGUGAAUUUGCAACUGCAGUUAAUGCUGAUCCUCGUCACAAUGAAGCAGAUACAACAUUAUUGGGAAGGAUUGGUAUCAGUGUUAUGUUUUCAUAUUACAAAAUACAGCAAUGGUUACAGGCCAAGAAGGUACUGGAUUUGCUUCAUGCUUUAAAGAUACAUUUCACAUUUUCGAAAGGACUUCUUGGUCAGGAGAGAUUAGCAUCAAGAUGCCACAUCGUUAAUGUUGCCGUGGAAAUUUUUCUCAAAUGUGGGAGCCUACAUGGAGCAAUAUGGAUACUGAAAGAGUCAAAUUGGGUAAUAAAUACACUAUCGUGGCCUUGUGAUAGAAUGGACGUCCUCAAGCGACAUAAUUUGCUAUGUACAAUAGCAUCUGAAUACAUCACAAAGAGCCAGUAUGGGGAGGCAUUUGAAGCCUUGCAAAAUCUGCCAGGAAUUCAGAAUUCUUGUGAUACUCUGGAUGUAUCCCAGUACAGACUUUUAUUUAAUAAACUACUGAGUGCUUGUUUAGAAAGCAAGAGCCUUGGAAUAUCGUCUACUGUAGUAGAGUUCAUGUUUGCAAAGAACAUCCCUGUUGAAUUUAAUUUACUUAGAGCAUUAAUCACAGCACUGGGAAGAAGCUGCUUGUGGCUUAAAGCCAGGACACAUUAUAAAAGUGCUUUAGCAGUGGGUUGCUACCCACCACUGGAGGGAAAUCUUUACCGUAAACUUCUACUGAUUCCAUCUUACAUGAGUGAGGUGGAAAUGCUAUUAGCAAUUGAAAUCUUCUUGGUUUCAAAUGCUAGUAGCGUUCAGAGCCCUGGUGCCUCCAAUCAGAUACUUCAAAUAGUACUGAAAAGAUGUGAAGGCAACCGUGUACGAAAUGAAGAUGACUAUCAAAGUGCAGUGGAGAGGCUGAUUCAAGCAGCUCGUAUAUCUAGUCCAAAGCUUUUCAUAAAGCAUUUGACAGUAAAUGUUAACAUGGACCAAGUAUAUAGUUUAGAAUAUGCUUGUGCACUUAAAUGGUUGAAACAGAAUAUGAAGUGGGCAGGAAAAGUCUGGCUUUUUUAGUCAGUUGUUAAGGCUUCAGUUACAGUAAUCAUUGUUCA